GAAUCUCCUGGGAACGAGCGUUGAGAGACUGUUGACUAGCAACGGACAAGACAUUGAUUGAAUCUCGCAAGUCCGUCCACGUUUGUCGUCUUCGCUUCCUGGACCUGGGAAGAAUCAUCACACCCUUCACCGUCGGACCACCAGCAUCUUUACGACAAGGAGACAUCAACACGGUGACUGAUAUUGAGUCUCAACGCCCGAUCGACAUCACCACGCAGUCAUUUUGUCUCGGCACUGAAAAUGUGGCCUCGGAAGCCCUACCAGCACCAGCACCAAGUCCUCGCUCUGAAAGCUCCCUCGUGUCUGCGAAUAUCGGCGGGGGAAUGCCAUGAGAGUCGACGAAGAAACCAAUCUACCCAAACCCUGUCGAGUCCGAAGGCGUAAUCCGACUGCCCCCACGCCACGACGUCCGAGUAGAGGAGAAGAGAACGUCACGAUUAAACAUGUGCACCAAAGUCACGCUCAAGCAUAGCACCUGCCAACACCGCUUCUGGAUCAAGCGCAACUGCCAUCGCCAUCCAGAAUGUGCCUUACAGACGGAUGUGGAGCGGGAAAGGGGAGGCGAGUGCUGGGAGUGCGAUCCGGGCCAGGGCCCGCCAGAGGCCCUCUUUCCGAGGGACGUGUCUUGGAGGAGGAUACCGACGAGGCCGUGUGGCGGUGUUGUCUCGGUAUAA